UUUUGCCCGGAUGUGGGCUGUGUCCUCCUCUUCCUGUUUGGGCUUCUCCUCCAGAAGAGGCUUCUUGGGGAACUCCUGCCUUUGGCUUUUCUUUCUUGGAGGAUUUUGGAGGAAAAGAACAAAGAUUUCAGCCUGAAUUCCUGGAUUUAGAUGGAAGGAACUGGAGGGAUGGAGUUUUCUAGACAAAAAGCCUAGACUGCUAUGGUAGAGUCUAGCAUUUCCCACAGUUUCAGGCUAUUAUCUAAGGAUGAAAAUGGAGACCCGAGAAGACCUUCCAAGUCAUAUACCAGGCCAGGUGUCACGAGAAGUGAGGGGGAGCUGCCACGUUGGGAUUGCAGAGGCAGCCUUGCAAAGGAGACCAAUGGAUAUGAAGCAGGAGUUCAACAAAGACUCUCUUCACCAGUGGGAAACCCAAUGGCAGGACUCCCCGAAGAGCAUAGAAGGCCCUCACCCAAACUGGGGGACCUCUCAGUUGAGGGAGGAACCAUGGGACGAUGCCAAAGCCUUCCUGGCCUCCUUUGAGCAAGUGGCCCAAGCCUGCCGGUGGCCCAAGGAAGAGUGGGUGCCCCGGCUCCUGCCAGCAUUGAGCGGAGAGGCCAAGCAGGCCUUCACCGGCCUGGAGGCCGAAGGCAGAGAGGAUUAUGGGAAAGUGAAGGCCUCCAUCUUACACGGGGAUGCCAUGAGGCAGGAGGAGCUGCGGCAGUGUUUCCGGCGUUUCCAUUACCAGGAGUCCGAGGGGCCGAGAGGGGCUUACGGCCAGCUUCAGGCACUGUGUUGCCGGUGGCUGAAAGCUGAAAAGCAUUCGAAAGAGCAGAUCCUGGAGCUGCUGAUCUUGGAGCAGUUCUUGGCUGUCCUGCCUCCAGAGAUGGAGGCCUGGGUCAAGGAAUGUGGUCCAGAGACUUGCUCCCAGGCAGUGGCCUUGGCGGAAGACUUCCUCCAGAAGCAGGGAGAGGCCAGGAGGCAGGCAAACCAGGUGCUGUUAGAGGAAGAGGAGGCGGUGGGUUCCCCUGAAGCUGUCCAAGCCCUGCCUGAGAUGGAGAAGAAGAAGAAGCUUAGUGUGGAGACCAAAGAGGAAGAUGACGACAGGGAUGCUGGAUCCUUGGGUGAUGAAUGGGAAACUGAGAAUGAGGGGCAACUAAGUGAGGAUUCCUCAGAAAGAACAGAGUGUGAAGCAUUGGAGGAGAAUGUUUGGAGCCAAGAUGGGCCAACGAGCCAAGACGGAAGCCACACAGAAGAGUCGGAAGCCAGGUCCUUCCCAUUUCAGGAGGGAGGCUUCCACAGAAUCUCAGUCCAUCAGAAAAGUGAGAAAGAAAAAAAGGGAAUUUCUUUCCCCGUUGUUCAUUGGAGAAUUCGCCCUGAGGAUGAAUCAGAUUUAAUGUUUGCAAAGACCUUCAGUGAGAGUGAAAACAUCACUGAAUGUGAAAUGCUUUAUGAAGGGACAAGUUCCAGCAUAUACCUGAAUCAAAGUAUUUCUGCAGAUGAGAGACAGUGUAUGAAUCCAGAUCUUGGUAAGAUGCAGCACCCAAGGACCCAGCAAAGGGAGAAGCUGUUUAAAUGUCUGGAGUGUGGGAAGUGCUUUGGUCGGAGUACACACCUUAUUUCACACCAGAUCAUCCACACAGGAGAGAAGCCAUACCAGUGCUCCGAAUGUGGGAAAAGCUUCAUCCAGAGCGCCCACUUGCUGAAGCAUCAAAAGAUUCACAGAGGGGAGAAACCAUACCACUGCCUGGAUUGUGACAAAAGUUUUGCCGACAAGCCGAGCCUCAUUCAACACCAAAAAGUACACACAGGGGAGAAGCCCUAUAUAUGUACGGAGUGUGGAAAGAGCUUCAGCUACCGAGGAAACCUUAGGGUCCAUCAACGGAUGCACACAGGGGAGAAGCCGUACACCUGCUCUGAAUGUGGCAAGAACUUCCGUGACCAGUCCAGCCUUGUCAGGCAUAAGAGAAUCCACACCGGAGAGAAACCUUAUACGUGUUCAGAGUGUGGGAAGGGCUUCAGUCAAAGUACCAACCUGACUUUACAUCAGAGAAUCCAUGCCGAGAGAAGCAGUCACACCAAACUCAACAUUUGCUGAAUGCUGGUGUGGCUGUCUUAGUGUUUUCUCCCAAUUCAACAAACAGUCUGAUGGCAUCUUAAAAAUAAAUACCCUUUAACAGGCAUCCAUAACAUUUUUAAACAGAGGGCUGGGUUCACGGUCCCUCAGACUGUUGGGAGACAGACCUAUAUUUUGAAAAUCUUACGGAUACUGCAUAUAUCUUAUUUGUGGUGGAAAAAAACAUGAAAGAACAAUAUUUAAAAUGAAGAACAAUUUUCAUCAACAUAAACUUACCAGUAUUUCAAUGGGAAGUGUGGACCUGCCUUGGACUGAUGAGAAAGUCAAGUUCAUUAGGAUUGUUGUUUACCUUCAAGUUAUUUCAGAUUGAGACUAAAGUUUAGGGCAGGGGCUGGGUAACUGACCUCGAAGGGCUGCAUCCAUCCCCCAGGACUUAGUUUGGGAAACCUUCCUCUAUAUAGUCAUGUAUAAUUUUAAAAAUCCACGAUAGCCUUUUGGACUUUUAGUGAUAGUUGACGCUGGAUUUGCCUUUGGGCUCAUGUCUCCAAGAGCAAGUCUGUAAUAUACCCAAACCAGUGUCACAUUUCAAAUGAGUUGAUUUGUAGUUGUAUUGUCAAAGGCUUUCAUGGCUGGAAUCUCUGGGUUGUUGUAGGUUUUUUUGUGCUAUAUGGCCAUGUUCUAGAGGCAUUUUCUCCUGACGUUUCGCCUGCAUCUAUGGCAAGCAUCCACAGAGGUAG